AGUGGUAAAAGAAGCGGUCCGUCGCUUCUCGGUGGGUCGGCUGAUGGAACUUGCCAUGGCAACCAAACGGCCGGACAAGAAAAACAGCGAUGGCGAGAAAACUGAGAAACUGGAUAAGGAGAAGGAAGAGGAGAUCUUCCAGAAAGGCUUUGAGCAGGGUCUCCGAGCCCAGGUGUCCAAGACGCUGCUGGAGCUCCGUGAGCAGCAGAAGGAGCUGACUGAUAACGUGGAGCUGCUCCUGGAGGAGGAGGAGCAGGAGGGGAGCUCGGAGCGAGACAAUGGUACCUUCAUCUCAUCGAUGUACGAAACCAUCACUGCGCGAUUCCUGCCCGGCUGGAGAAGAAAGCAGCACAUCUGGAGGCUUGUAGUUACAGGCAUCAUCUGCAUGGCUGCGCUGCUGAGCGUCAUCUACGCUUUCCUGCCGUCACGGAGGGGCGUGGUGGAGGAGAACAUGACUUAAGGCUAAUUGAC